AUGAUCCCACACGUUCUUAUUCUAGUCCUCAGCGGCCUUGCACAUGCUUAUCAGCCGGCCCACAGUAUCAAAGUCCGUAGUCAUGAAGAUACGAUGAGGUUCACACCCCUGGAGGGUGUAGCCGCGGAAGGCUCUAUCGUCCGCUUCAGCUCUUCCGCCGACGAGCUAUCUCUGUAUGGUUGGACAGGAGAAAGUCCGUGCGGCACACCAUCAGCUACGACGUACCGCUACGCAGCAGAGAAUACUGUUGGGUCUGGUGUCACACUGGAGAUCGUCGCUGCAGACUGCCAGGUCAUGUUCUUGUCCGUUGUCGAUCCAGCGGAAUAUUGCGAUCCCGAUUAUGUCUUCACGUUGCGCAUCGAACCAUCAUCCCAGAGUGACAACACGCCAAGUCCGACGGCCCAGCCCUUUUCUGUCGACACAGAUUGUGCAUCCACUCCGCUAACAACGAGAGCGACCCGUCCGACCCUGGUCAAGAGACCGGGCUUCAGCCUGAGUCACACGAGGUCCGUGCGGCUCUCAACCGGGACAUCCAGCUUCGAGCCUCGUCCCACGUGCCUCGAGAAGUUGAAGCGUCCAACAUACAGCGUGUUUCCCCCGUCUCCCACUUCGCGACAGUCUCUUACUUUUCCGAGCAUUCUACCGCCGAGAUCGAAUAUCACGACAGCUCUCCAAGCUAUUCCGACUGGACCCCAGCCGGCGACCGGAGGGUCUACGACUACAACUCCAUAUCUGCUCAUGAUUGCGCUGGUCGGAUCAUAUGUCAUUUGCAAUGCUUAUCUCUGAGGGACUCGGUAGCUCGGGCUCUUAUGACCUUGUGUCCUGUGUCGUGUGAUAAUUUGUUGAAGAACUCGUACAUUACAGUUUUGUAUCUUGCUGGACAAUCGUCUUCACUUGCGUUUUCGGUAUUUGAUUAUAUAGGAAACAAAUAAAACACGCAUCAGAGCC